GGGGAGAGUUGAUGGUGGGGGGUGGUGGUGAUGGGGGGUGGCGGUGGGGGGGUUGAUGGUGAUGGUGGGGUGAUGGUGGUGAUAGGGGGUGAUGGGAGCGGGGGGGGUCCCAGUUUCCUCCCGUCUCCGCCGGGGCCGGGGCGGGCGCUGCGGCAGCGGGGCCGGGGGCGGGCGGGGCGGGGCGGGCGCAGAGCGCGGGCGGUUCAGCACCACGGAAAGCGCUCGGCAGAGCCGCGCCGAGCCGGGCCGGGCCGGGCCCCGCGGCUACGCUGAGCCAGGAGGGCGGCCCCUGAGCGGGUGGGCGCGGGCGAGGGGGGCCCGGUCGAUCCGGGCCGGCCGUGGAUGAGCACCAUGCGGCUGCUGCUGCUCGCCCUGCUCUUCUCGUCCUCCUUCGCCCGCGCCGGCUGCGACCCCAAGAUCGUCAACAUCGGCGCGGUGCUAAGCACCAAGAAGCACGAGCAGAUCUUCCGCGAGGCGGUGAACCAGGCCAACAAGCGGCACGGCACAUGGAAGCUCCAGCUCAACGCCACCUCGGUCACGCACAAGCCCAACGCCAUCCAGAUGGCCCUCUCCGUCUGCGAGGACCUCAUCUCCAGCCAGGUCUAUGCAAUAUUAGUUAGUCACCCUCCUGCUCCCAACGAUCACCUAACACCAACACCCGUAUCAUACACAGCUGGCUUCUACAGGAUCCCUGUCAUUGGUCUGACAACACGCAUGUCUAUAUAUUCUGAUAAGAGCAUCCACCUCUCCUUUUUGCGCACGGUCCCACCGUACUCUCACCAGGCCAACGUCUGGUUUGAGAUGAUGAGAGUCUUCAACUGGAACCACGUCAUUCUGAUAGUCAGCGACGACCACGAGGGUCGUGCUGCACAAAAGAAGCUGGAGACCCUCUUGGAGGAGAGAGAGUCCAAGAGUAAAAAAAGGAACUAUGAAAACCUCGACCAACUUUCCUAUGACAACAAGCGAGGACCCAAGGCUGAGAAAGUGCUUCAGUUUGACCCGGGAACCAAAAAUGUGACAUCGCUGCUGCUGGAGGCAAAGGAGCUGGAGGCUCGAGUCAUCAUCCUCUCUGCCAGUGAGGAUGAUGCAGCCACGGUGUACAGAUCAGCAGCCAUGCUCAAUAUGACGGGCUCCGGCUACGUGUGGCUGGUGGGGGAACGGGAGAUAUCGGGCAAUGCCCUGCGUUACGCCCCUGACGGAGUGAUCGGUUUGCAGCUCAUCAACGGGAAGAAUGAGUCAGCCCACAUCAGUGAUGCUGUCGCAGUGGUGGCCCAGGCCGUGCAUGACUUGUUUGAGAAGGAAAACAUCACAGAUCCACCACGGGGCUGCGUGGGCAACACCAACAUCUGGAAGACAGGACCCCUUUUCAAGAGGGUGUUGAUGUCCUCCAAGUACUCAGAGGGUGUCACCGGCCGGGUGGAGUUCAAUGAGGAUGGGGACAGAAAGUUUGCCAACUACAGCAUCAUGAACCUGCAGAAUCGGAAACUGGUCCAAGUUGGGAUUUACAAUGGCAGCCAUGUCCUGACCAACGACAGGAAGAUUAUCUGGCCAGGGGGAGAAACAGAGAAACCUCAAGGCUAUCAGAUGUCAACCAAAUUGAAGAUCGUGACAAUCCACCAGGAGCCCUUUGUAUACGUGAAGCCCACACAAGCAGAUGGGACGUGCAGGGAGGAAUUCACCAUCAAUGGAGAUCCUGUGAAAAAGGUCUUUUGCACUGGGCCCAAUGAGACCAUCCCAGGCCGCCCCACCGUGGCACUGUGCUGCUACGGGUUCUGCAUUGACCUGCUCAUCCGGCUGGCAGGGGUGAUGAACUUCACCUAUGAGGUUCACCUGGUGGCUGAUGGUAAAUUUGGUACCCAAGAGCGGGUUAACAACAGCAACAAGAAGGAGUGGAACGGGAUGAUGGGUGAGCUGCUGAGCGGCCAAGCAGACAUGAUUGUGGCUCCCCUCACCAUCAACAACGAGCGGGCACAGUACAUUGAGUUCUCCAAGCCCUUCAAGUACCAGGGUCUCACCAUCCUUGUGAAGAAGGAAAUCCCCCGCAGCACCUUGGACUCAUUCAUGCAGCCUUUCCAGAGCACGCUGUGGCUGCUGGUGGGGCUGUCUGUGCACGUGGUGGCAGUGAUGUUGUACCUCUUAGACCGAUUCAGCCCAUUUGGCCGGUUCAAAGUGAACAGUGAGGAGGAGGAGGAAGAUGCCCUCACCCUGUCCUCAGCCAUGUGGUUCUCCUGGGGAGUCCUGCUGAACUCUGGCAUCGGAGAAGGUGCUCCUCGGAGUUUCUCUGCCCGUAUUCUUGGCAUGGUGUGGGCUGGCUUUGCUAUGAUCAUUGUGGCUUCAUACACUGCCAACCUGGCAGCCUUCCUGGUGUUAGACCGGCCUGAGGAGAGAAUUACGGGCAUCAAUGACCCCCGGCUGCGCAACCCCUCUGAUAAGUUCAUCUACGCCACGGUGAAGCAGAGCUCGGUGGACAUCUACUUCCGACGGCAGGUGGAGCUGAGCACCAUGUACCGGCACAUGGAGAAGCACAACUACGAGAGCGCUGCUGAGGCCAUCCAGGCAGUGAGGGACAACAAGCUCCACGCCUUCAUCUGGGACUCGGCAGUGCUGGAGUUCGAAGCCUCCCAGAAGUGUGACCUGGUGACGACGGGGGAGCUUUUCUUCCGCUCUGGCUUUGGGAUCGGGAUGCGCAAGGACAGCCCAUGGAAGCAGAACGUCUCCCUGGCCAUCCUCAAGUCCCACGAGAACGGCUUCAUGGAGGAUUUGGACAAGACUUGGGUGAGGUAUCAGGAGUGUGACUCCCGUAGCAAUGCCCCAGCAACACUCACCUUUGAAAAUAUGGCAGGUGUGUUUAUGCUGGUGGCUGGAGGUAUUGUUGCCGGGAUAUUUUUAAUAUUCAUAGAAAUAGCUUACAAAAGGCAUAAGGACGCGCGGAGGAAGCAGAUGCAGCUGGCGUUUGCGGCCGUUAAUGUGUGGAGGAAAAACCUGCAGGAUAGAAAAAGUGGUAGAGCAGAACCUGACCCUAAAAAGAAAGCCACUUUUAGGUCCAUCACCUCCACCCUGGCCUCCAGCUUCAAGAGACGUAGGUCCUCCAAGGAUACGCCCUGCAGAAUGGUCCCUCAGGAGUGCCAGAGAGACAGGCUGGCACCAUGGAGCCAAGACAGCCCUGGGAAGCUACCACCCCACUCUGAACGUCCUAGCGCCCACCAUCACCCGAGCUGCACAGCCUCUCCGCGGCACAUCAUCCCCACCGCCCCAGGAGGAGAUGCAUGUGUUCCCCAUAGGCAGCUCCUGCAACUCGAAUAGCACUCGCAGAGCUGACGUACUGCCAUCCAUCGCAGCCACCCACGAUACUGCAACCCCACAGAAGCCAUGUGAGACGCAUAAACCACACAGACACCUUCCGAGCCGGCACAUUUCGUACAGACACGUUACCGAGGUGCACAGGUCCCAUUAGCCCCACCACUGCAGCCAUCAUCAGCGCCCGCAGAACCACAUGCCAGCCUGCGGGCAUCCCCCCCCCCAGGCACAGCAUGACACACGUCCCACGCCACCGCCAAGCGAGGGCCUGGUGCUGCCAUGGGGAUGGUGCCAGAGCUGGUCGAGAACCGAGGGGGUUCAUGGAAAAAAAGGUCACCUUUUCAGUGAAGGAUCAGCCAUCCCAAAGCCAAACGCUUCUUGGCUGAAAAAACAACCUAGUUUUGGGCCUAAAAGAACCAAAAGUAGGUCAAAGACAACUAAUUUUUUUUUUUAAUUUUUUUUUUUUUUUUUUAGAAGAAAGUUGACGUUUUCUACAGCAAGAUUGCAUUUAGCUGGAAUCCUGAUUUUUAAUUGAAAAAAACCAAACAACCCCAAACUCCAAAAUUCUUCCAGAAAAUCUUUCACCAGCCAGGGACUACCAUAUAAGUCCAGAUUAGGUCGAAGUCAUUUUUAAAGACAUAUUAAGUUCUUGUCUAUAUUUUCUUCCUGGUUGUCAUUUAAAGUUUUUGGUGCCUUCACUUCACUUCCAUACCUUAACAUGUUUGAGUCUCUUCUACGGUUAAUAUUGAUUAAUUUCUUCGCUUUAUAAUGUUUGGUUUGGGGAUAAUUGCACCAUCCCUGUAACAUAAUUUGCCCUAAAUUACUGAUCUGUGCUUCUAGCAUUAGUUCUACUUUAACAUAGUUUUGAUAUGACAGUUUUCUUGCUUUUUUUUCCCUUUUCUUUUCCUUUUUAUUUUUAUUUUUAGUUUUUAUUAUUAAAAAUUGCAUGCAUGAACUCUACACAAGAAAAAAAAAGUAAAUGAGAAUGUUACCCUGUGAUAACUCUGUGAUUGGAGGAGAUAUGCUUUCAAAUCAAAAGCCAUGCUCUUGUAUAUUAAUUUUUCUGGCCAGAUUCCCCACUUGGCUUGGUUAUUUUAGUGUUUCCCACCCCCAGGCUGUGCAGAGAGGCCAGAACGCCCCAACCUGCCCUGCUACACCUCCGAGCACUGCAGCCACACAUACAGCGCACCGAGGCACACGCACACCAGCAUGCACACACCACUCCCCCCCUGCUUGCAUCAGGCAGGGUAUUGAACAAAGGACCUUUCUUCAGCCCAUUCCUUUUUGUACCUCAAGUUCCUCCUUCUUCUCCAGCAGUGAGUCACCAGCCUCUCCCCUUUCCCAGUCGCCUCUCCUCCCUGCGGGAAUUGAGCCCCGUCCCACGAGCGCACACCUCCAGCCAUUUUGCUAUGGAAAAGGAUAGAUUGUGUUUAGCUGGAAUCCUUGCUUUUCACAAGGUGGGAGCAGCCGCUCCCAUUUUUGGGGUGAGAGGGGCGUUUUUUGGUGGCUGAUGAAUAACCACAAAAAGCUCCCCCAGGGUGGCAGAGCAACUUCAGGAUCUCCUCGGCUGUUUUCUGUGCCAACGGGUGACGGCCAAGGUGUUGCCCCUUAGCAAAGCAAGGCCACAGCAAGGAGCAUCUCAGAAGCUCUGUUUUAAUAUUAGCUAGUGCCUUAAAUGAUAGAAUGAUCCUGUGAGAUGCUCCCUGGGUGACCCCAGCACAUGUACAGGAGCAUGCUGGCUCCCACCCCUGCCCCAGCAUCUCCCUACCACAGUGUCCUGGGGAAGCACAAAACCGGGCAGAGCAGAGCAGCCCCAAGGACCCCACGCAACACCUGGGGGGACCCAGAGCUCCCGUGGCAGGAGGCAAGGUGUAGAGCCACGCAGGGUAGCCACAGUGCCAGAGCCACCAGCAGCAGCACAGGGGCCACAGCCACCACUGACCAUCACAAGAUGGGUGAAACCCCAUCACUGAGGAGCCCCCAGAGCCCAGCAGAAUGGCAGCUCUCCUGGGUAGUGUGGUAGCAGAUGUCACUGGAGAGGGUCCACACUGCGGCACAUGAGACCCACUGAGACCCUUUUCCUGCCCUAACAUUUAGGUUCCCAGGCAGCAGCACAAGGUGCUCUGUGCCACCCACUCUUGCAGCAGGGCAGGACAGGGCUUCUUCCAGUUCAGGGUUUGGAGAGUGAAACAGGGAAAGGAAGGGAGUAUGGAAGGAGGAAGGGAGAAAGUAACUACCCAGUUGUAAACCCCUGCCUGGAGAGGAAGGACUUUUCUUUCUCUUGCCCAUUGAAGGGCAUUGCUGCUCUCCUUAUUUGCUUGCUGGUGGGACUGCAGCUGGGGACAUCUCUCCCAGGAAGAUUUGCCAACCCCCCAUCCACAAGGAGCACAGAACCCAGAAUCCAAACCACAUCCCCAACACAGGCUGUAUUGUCACAUUAGCAACUGACACUACAGUUUGUCACGAGUCACCCACACUGCACAUCUCACCUGUGCGAAAGGACAGUCAAAGCAGAGUCACUCAAGCAAGGAGGUGAAACGGCCUGGCCUCAAAGCACAGCUUGAUCUGGUACCAGAAUGAUGCCGAAACCCAGCCAGACCCUCCAAACACAGGUUCAGCCGUGGGCUGGGCUGGUGAGUCACAGGCUUUGUCUUGAAGCUCUCCCAGCACAGCGAGGGGCUCGCUCAGCAGUGACGCGCUGCCACUGUGGGAGCUGCGCCACGCUCCUGGGCGUUCUCCCUGCCCGGCCAUGGGGCGCUUGGAGAGUGUCUGCAAUGACCUCUGCACAAGCUUGGAUUGCACUGGGAAGGGGACCUCAGCAGGCAGUGGGGUUUGGGCCGUUGCAUCACCCCCAAGAGAUAUCCUGUAGGGACACAUGGGAUGUAAGUAGAGGUUGGGGCAAGUGCCAGAACUGCCUAACACUUCUUUCUCCUUGUCUGUGUCUUUGUGUGUUGCAGCAAUAUCACCCCACCGACAUCACAGGCCAGCUCAACCUCUCCGACCCCUCAGUCAGCACUGUGGUGUGACCUUCUCCCCAAGGGCCAUCAGUCCUUGCCCCAACACAGUAGGAAGGCACAGCCAGGACUGCCUUUCAAGGGACACUGAUGGGUUCUUCCGGGUGAGAGGGGAGGAAAGCAUCCUUCAUCCAUACACAGUGACUUCAUUGUAUAUCUCCCUCCCUUCCUAGGCCUGCUGCCAUGCCCGUGCUCCACAAUGCACGGCAGAACCAGGACAUGGUUUGGACUUCACUGUACAGAGAUAAUCACUUCCAACCAGUGCUGUUGAUAAUCAGUAUUGCCACUGACCAGCUAUGAGCAAGGGAAAAGGACUUGGGAAGGCGCAUGGUGCCUGCUCUGCCACGGUAGUGGGGAAGAGCUGGUGCCAACUACAAACAUGUGCUCCACUUUGCAGGCUUCAGGCUGCCCAGCACACACAUAUGGCCCCUCAUGUGUGUGUUCCGUGUCUCCCACCACCCUGGAGGGCUCCAUACCGACGUGCUCGUGAUCCCAAGCAGUGGAGCAGCAGGUUGGGCUCGUGUUCCCGCUGUGAUGAGUGAUGCCCCUCCGCAGGGGCUGGAAGAUGUGUGCUCUGCUCCUCACAGGGGAUGAACCCCCUGCUCCUCUGUCCCAUCAGCCCAUGGCUAUGACUUGGCUCCUGUGUGUGGUCUGUUUGCAGCAAGAGUGAUCCCAGUCCUGCAGCCCAAGCUCCUGUUCUAAACACAGUACUCUGGAGCUUGUAACAUACUGUCAGCCAAGAUCCUGGCUCCCCAGCCCUCCUGCACAGAAGACAUCCCCAGGACCUGGCCAUGGCCAUCACAUAGCUCUCACACUGUGGCUUUCCUGGCUGUGAACAUCUUCACGGGGAACGGCUCUGAAUGGUUGCAUUGACCUUCAGCCAAGCUCCACACUGCCUCAGCACCAGCAAUGCAAGGAGAGAUGCUGCUGGCCGGUCAUGGCUCGCAGUGUCAGGCACCAUAGCAGGCACCGGCAGCUUCCCUGCCACACUCGCCUGCAGUGCUCAAGCAUCUCCUGCAGCAGCCCUGAAGCCCCAGCUCACAUGGCUGCAUCUGCCUGAACCUGGAGAUGUGGAAGCCGGAUCCCAGUUCAGAAGAGAACCAAAUGAGACAGGCUGAUGACAUUUCUCCCCACACCUUCCUCCCCUCAAGCAUUGUGCCCAUGUGCCAGCAUCCCUGAGCACCCCUGCCGUGGGCUCUGUGAGUGGGUGUGGAGAUACCAGCAUGGGGGAAGCAUCUGGCACCAGCCAGGCUGGUGAUGAGCAGUUACAGCAGGUGCACGGGCAGCACAGCAUCCCACCUCCUGCGAAGGAGGAAAACUCACCUGCAACACGGAACCAAGCCCCAGUGGCAUGAACUGCCUUCUCCUUGUCCCAGCUGAGCAGAUGGGGCUUCCCACGAGGGCACGCAGGAUUUUCAGAUGGCAGCUGAGGUCUGUGAGCAUCGUCCCACUCACUGCAGUGGUUCCAUCAAGUUCAUCUCGCUCCAGCUGAGCCAUUGGACCCAUUCUACUUUCUACGUUAAUGUAACAUUAAUACCAAGUUUUUGCAAGAGCUCAGUAAAGUCUAGACUGGAUCAUGAA